GAUUGUUCAGAUUUUUCAGUCACAAAUUUAAAUAACAUUGAAAAUUUAAAAGUUUUACAAUGGUGAGCUUUCCCCUCAUAAAACUGGGCGCAUUAGCUGUCAGGCAAAUAACUAAACCCAUUGGCAAGAUCAUCAAGAAAACUGCCAAAUCUAAUCAAACAUUUAAUACAUAUCUAGUCAGUACACCCGCCCAAAUCUACCAUUGGAUUGGGGUAAGAGCGAAAAUGCGUAUGCUAGGCAUGAAGCAACCAAAGUUUGUUCCACCAUUGAACAAAACAAUGGCUAUUGAAACAGGAAGUAAUCUACUCGGCGAGAUAAUCGUGUUUUCAAUAUGUGUAAGCUUGUUGUGCUUGGAAGUUUCGCGACAAGCCCGGAAUGAGAAGUCAAAGCAAGACAACCACCGGGACCAGAAAGAAAAACUGAAAAACGAGAUAGAAUUAUUAAAUGAUCGAGUUGUGAGCCAGACUUAUGAAAUUAAAAAUCUUAAAGCCAAGCUCAGGCAAUUAGGUGUUACUCCUUGUUAAAUAAAGAGCGUGGGUAUUACAAAAAGGGAUUCGGUGUGCAAUAACAUACAUAUUUUGUUCUGAUUUAAUCAAAUAAUUUUGCGCCUUUUGUCAAACACGAUAACUCUGUAUUUAAAAGCCGUUCCAUAAAUUUCUGUUUACAAAAUGGCCAUCGGUGCAUUUCCUCUUGGAAAAAUUGCCAUUCUGGGCAUAAGGCAAAUCACGAAGCCAGUUAGCGCAGCUCUGAAGACCUUUGCGGUAAACAAUUCAAUAUUUAGGAAGUACUUGUGCGCGCCGGCCGGACAAUUAAUAUAUUGUUUCGAAGCUAGAUGCAAGAUGCACAUGUUGGGACUUCCCCAACCCAAGCGGAUCCCUCGACUAACGGAAAAAAUGGCCACAGAUUUGGGAGCAAACUUACUAAGCGAAGUUUUUACACUGGGCUUAGGAAUAUAUCUAAUAUAUUUUGAAGUUUCCCGGCAAGCAACAAAUGAUCAGAACAAAAAUGAUAUACAUAAGCAAAAACAAGAGGAACUAAAUAGGCAAAUAUCUUCAUUAAAAAAUCUGCUCGACUGGCAGGAAAAAGAAAUUAAAAUAAUGCAUCAGCAUUUAGACGAAUACUACAGAGAGAAUAAUUAGCGUUUUAAAAAUGUUAACUUUAAUGUUGUUUGUUUAACUCGUAAAUAUUUUUCAUAUCGUCUAUCGACUAUCGGUUAUCGGACAACACGCCGCUUCGAAUACAAAACAGCUGUUCCAUCGCUUUCCUAUUUGCCAGCCCUAGUCGCUUUCGUUUUCCGUGCUGAGAUUUUGUAAUACAAAACACCGUAAGAAAUGGUUAUUGGAGUAUUUCCAGCCGCCAAACUUGGCGUGUUGGCAGUCAAACAAAUUAGCAAACCCAUUGCGAAUGUGUUAAAAUCCAAUGCAAAAUCAAGUCCAUUUUUUAGGAAAUACAUAUGCAUGCCGCCGGCUCAGUUUUACAAUUGGGUGGAGGUGAAGACCAAGAUGUGGGCGCUGAAUCUUGGCCGGCCCGUCACUGUGCCACCGUUGACCGAAGCCAUGGCCAUUGAGCUGGGGGCUAAUCUGCUCGGAGAGUUUAUUAUCUUUGCCAUUGGCGCCGGUUUGCUGAUAUUUGAGUACUCGCGCCAAACCAUCAAGGAGAACAAGAAAAAUGAGGCUUUCCAAAUGGAAAAGAUGCAGCUGACCAAUACGCUGACUGAAAUUAACUUCCGAUUGGAACGUCAGGAUGCGCAAAUACGAGAAAUGACGCGCGUUCUGGCUGAAUUGGAUUCACGUAACAUCUUCCGAUGGCAUAAGGAGCCACUGCCGGAGUACGUGCCCUUUGACCCAAAUACUCCAGAUCAGAGCGCCAGCGCAAGAAAUCCUAAAACAUACGAGGGUUUCUAUGAUCCCACCGGCGGCAUGGCAUUCCGUGCCCUUAACUUUCUACAAACGCAAAUCUUUAUUGAUGGACGCGAUCGAAAGGGCAAGCAGGCGCUCCAGCAGAUAGAUGAGGUGGCCGCCCAGCUGGAAAAAUCACUUGAAGAGGCUGUAAGCAAUGCAGAAGUGCCAGUGAAAUUAUUGCAAUGACGAACUCUGGAAGUG